UCGCGUGGCGAGGAGGCCCCGCUGCCCGACUGACCGUCCUCGGCGCCUCUUAUACCUUUACUCCGGUCUGCGCGUUCUUCAGGGAACGUACGUGCCCGUUUCACGUUCCACUCCGAGAGAGCGCGAUACACAUAUCCCCCUUUUUAAUAGAGUAACGUAUACACGAGCGGCCAACAAACGGACGUUGUCGACCCAAUUUUUGUCAGUGGUGCAUCGCGUGGUACCUCGAAGGUAACUGAGCCUUGGGCUUAAAGGGCUCCCCGUUCACCAAGUAGCCGUUCGACAGUUCUCGAGAUCGUUCACCGUUCGUUCGCACGAUCGUUCACUCCGACAUACGAUCGGCAAGAGUUCGGGCGAGACAGUGAUAUGGCACAAUUGAUCAGCGUCAAGCUGUCCAGGUUCGACGGAUCCCCCUGGGGCUUCCGUCUGCAAGGCGGCAAGGAUUUCGGCACGCCGCUCAUAGUGCAGAAGGUUAACAGCGGUUCUCCGGCGGAAGCUGCCGGUCUUAAGGCUGGCGAUGCGGUUAUCAGAGUCAACACCGCCGACAUGUAUAAUUUGAGGCACAAGGACGCGCAGGAUGUCAUAGUCAAGGCCGGAAAUAAUUUCGAAAUAACUGUCCAAAGAGGCGGCGGUACUUGGAAACCGCAUGUGACGCCCGUAACCACGAGCCUGCCGCCUCCGAUGCACACCGCAUCCGCGGGUAAUAUCGCGCCAGUCACAAAGACCUCUUUGGCAGCGAAAAAACAGGACGGACCCCUCAUCGGCAGCGGACACAACUUCAGCCCCAAGCCAUUCCUGAACGGCACCGGCGACGGUCCAAUUAAGUCCAUCGUGAACAAACAGUACAACAGCCCCGUGGGGAUCUACAGCGAGGAGACAAUCGCGGAGACACUGUCUGCUCAAGCGGAGGUCCUUGCCGGAGGUGUCCUUGGGGUUAAUUUCAAAAAGAAUGAAAAGAACUACAACGCUGAGAAUAGCGAGGUUUUCAAAAUGGUCCAAGAAGCGGACAAGGAGCCAAAGACCCCAGAACCUGUUCCUUCAAGGACAGAGUUUUACUCCUCGGUGAGCCACGCUGUUGGCGGGAGGGCCACUUCACCGAGGUCACCUACGCCUCUGUUUCAUGCAAUGGGCGGUGGUGGUAGCGCACCUGCCGAUAGCAGGCACUUUAUAUGGAUGGACGAAUCGUACGGAAGGAAUCGAGAACCACAACCGCAAAAGCAGGAAUCGUCCGCCGGGUCGGGCUCGUCGACGCCGGGCGGGGUCGUUUGUAGCAACUGCGACCGAGUGAUCGUAGGUGUCUUCGUCAGGAUCAAGGAAAAGAACCUCCACGUGGAGUGCUUCAAGUGCUCGACCUGCGGCACGUCCCUGAAGAAUGUCGGUUACUACAAUAUCAACAAUAAAUUAUACUGCGACAUUCACGCGAAACUCGUCGCUAGGCAAAAUACUCCGGCCGGUCUUCUACCCAUCACUAUACCAUCAGGUGGCAAAGCACCAGCUAGUACCAUUAGCGCGGCAUUGGCGAGUGCACCUUUAUCGCCACCCCUCAGCAAUCACGGAUCGUCGCCUCAGCCAUUCUCCGCGUGCAAUCGUACGAGCCCCGAUUCCGGAUUCCAGCAUACGUGGCGAUCGACUUCGAAUACAAAUGGAUGCAUCAGGAACGGCGAGUGCAACGGCGAGUCGAAAACGUUCACGAGCACGAUCACCAUCCAAACAGGUGGCACAGAGCCCACCACCCGCCUUGGCACCCCGCCCGUCGAUCCACCCAGCUUACGAUCAGUCCAGGCACCAACGAGCAACAGUCUCAUUGGUCCUAAGCCCUUCGGUGGAUCGAGUGGCUUCUCAUCGAAUCUAUCUCCGACUCCGACACUGAAUUCCGGCGGCAGUACCUUGCCACGUCCUCAAAGCCAGACUGUGACAGAAACUUCCAACAGCGAGACUUACGAAAGAUCCUGUUAUUACGAGGUCGUAGAAAACACGAAGGAUCAGUCCUUCCGUUCUGGCUCCGUAAGAUCCCGUCGAAAUCUCAUUUGGCCGCCCCCGAAACCUAUCGAAGAUAUCACAUAUCCCACUGCCAGUCCCUUAUAUAUCAAUCCAAAUCCUAUUCUUGAUAAAAGGUGCCAUCAAAUUAAAGAAAAGCGUGCCAGUAUUGAGGCUUGCGAGCGAGCUUUGAGCCGUAGAACCGAGAGGCAUCGAAGCGAGAGCAUCGAUCGAGAGGUCGAAAGAGUAUUGAGGGAGAACGGUCAUCGGCACGAAACUGACGCGAUGGAUCGGAUUAGCUGCCCUGGGCAACCAGUGUAUCGGCGUGUCGAGCUGGUGGACACCAAUAGCAGGGCCUCUCGAUCGGUCUCGAGGCCAAGUUCGACUGACAGCGUCCGAAGAUCGCUGACGCCCACCAAAAUUGUCCAACCUAUUCCAAAACCGUGGACCGCGACCGUCAGCAACGGAGGUACCAAUCUCUAUCAGCAAAGUUAUGUAAUACCGAUACAGCAGGAACAGCCUACGGAACAAAUUUGCAAGAAAUUCAUGCAGCGAGAAGUUUGUCACCGAGAACGUAUAUCAGGCGGCAGGGAACAUCGGGAGGAACAACGAGCUUACAGAACAGAGAUUUGUCGAAGGGAGCAAACAAUCUGUCCGAAACCGCCCUUGCCUGCACCUAAGCAGCAACAACCAGCAGAGACGGUUAAAGAAAUAGAUACUGAAACAAUCGAUCUAAGGGGUAACGAGACGGACGAAGGGGAAGUCUCGAAGGGAAUUCAAGGCGAACAUGAUUUCAUCACCGAGACGGCCGAAGAGACGGUAGACGGUGUGCACACGAAGCAAUCGGCAACUUUCGAAAAGACCGUGGAAAGGAUGCCAUCGCCGAUAGAAAGAGCUAACGUUCCGAUGAUAGAAGAGGCGGAAGACAAGACGGAGUCUCAGUGUUUCGCGAGAAGAACUGAGAAACACAUCAAUCGACAGGUGGAAGACACGACGGAACGAACUGUAGAGGAGUCCGCCGAAACGGUCACGUCGGCCAUCGAUGCUCAACAGAUGUUAGAAAAAGCAAAGCAAGAGGAAGAGGAAAGGAAGAGAGAAGAAGAAGAGGAGGAACGAAGAAAGGAAGAAGAAGAGAGAAGAAAGCGGGAGGCAGAAGAACGAAGACGUCAGGAAGAAGAAGAAAAAAGAAAACGAGAAGAGGAGGAGAAGAUUAAGAAGCAUGUUACCUUUAGUGAAGAGGAUGAAGAGGUCGAAGAAGUGCGGGAACAGCCGUUGGGAAGGACUGUCGUGCGAGAAGAACAUAUCACAGAAUCGGACGGUUCUACUCCAGGACGAACCAAGAUCACAAAAGAGACGUACGAGGAGAUUACCGAAGAAGUGCUGGUUCAGGAACGCGUGAGAAGAAAAGGAGCCGUAGAAGACGAGCGUAGAAAGAGCUUGCGUGAGCAAGUAGAAGUCCAUCAGAGCCUUCGAGACCAACAGGCCCCGGAGAGACGGAAUGUUGUUGCGAGAUAUGGACAGCAGCCUCAAGAGACCAUGGAGACAUGCAAGAAAAAAGUACAGUUCUUGAAAGAAACGGAAACUGGCCCGAAACCCCUGUCAGACACGCCCGUAAAAAAUUCCACGCCCAAGGAAUGGAAAUCUGAAAUGGUAAACGCCUUGACGACUGCAUCUGAUCGACCAUACACGCCGCUGAACGCCACUUCCAGCGUAAAAGAACUCUACACCGAGGAAACCAUUUACUUGGACCACAGAUGUCGACCUAAACCACCGCCGCCCAAAGAGGAGGUUCGUCCAAUCUCGCCUUUCCAGCAAGCACUAACGAUAGCGCCUGAACGACCUUACACUCCUCUGAGUCGCGAAAUCGGGCCAGAAGAUCAACAAAUUGUCAACAAAUCCCAGAAUCUGAAUCUUGAAGCACAAAAUGGCGACUACUGCCCGCCGUUAAAUAUUCUAUACGGUAAAGAAGGUACAACGAAAGAAUCUUACGCGCGAGAGCAGAUGUAUAUCAAGAAGGAAGUCAAAGAAUCGAGGCCGCGACCUUUGCCCACUCCGCCACCUGAUCAUCGUCUGAGAGACUCUUCGGCGUCACCUAACGCGAGAUCUCGACCGGAAACGUUUAAAUCAUACAAAUCUUUCACAGCUAGUCUGAAAAAGCCGGACGCCAUACCGGCCUAUCAGAAGAAUUUGGUGGCGAUGAAGAAAGGACCUGUAGAAGGUCAACCGUUUGUUCCUAGUAGAACACCUACCCCAACGCCUUGCAGAUCCAAGUCACCUGCUCAAGGACCACCCGAGCCUCCGGCUUGUUAUGUGAAAGCCCAAGCCCCAAGAGUUCGAGAAGAUCCACCACCGUCGAAACGUGGUGGAUCAGUGCACUUUCCAUCGCGUAAAACGAUCUCUUACCACGUGGAGGAAGAUACUGACAGUGGUCAUAAAAAGCAGGAAUAUUCCGCUUCGAGGACUGUCAAUUACGACGAGAAGGAAACCAGCAGUCUCGACGCAGGUCCGACAGACGCACUUUACGCUCAGUUCCAGGAAACACGGUGUAUGACGAGUGAAGAGACUAGCCAGCAGGAGAAUACUGCGACUCACGUAAAGACAUCACUUCAGGUAGUCGAAGAUUACGAGAAAUGUGAGCAAAAAGAAGUAUUACCGGCAGCAUCAUCGCCGCCAACUCCGAAACCAAGCAUCUGUGCCAUCAGUAAGAUGAGCCACACGAAGCCUUCCUUGUCGUGCCCCAUGACAACAUCUACGCCAAUCAGACAGCCGACCUACAGCAGUUCCACCGAGGUGCGUCACGUGCGAUAUGAGACUCCUUCACCGAAAUCUUGUUCGGAAACAGGAGUGACUGUUCUACCUUGCAAAGCGCAUUCUGAUCAGGGAAUCAAAGCCGGCGUCGUCGUAGUGCCCUGCGAUGGCUCCCAGACCACCUGUUCUAGAUCCGGAAUCUGCGUGACAGCCACGAAAGACCGAUCGGGCGUGUGCGUAUCGCCUUCGUUCGGUAUGCAAUCCGGUACUUGCGGUCAACCGUCAGGUACUUGCGGUCGCGAAUCUGGCUGUGACUUCAACAUCUCCAACUGUCCGGAUUCUGACGUCUGCAUAGCUCCGUGUGCCGACGGUUCCGUCUGCGUGGCACCUUGCAAAAAAUCUGCCAUCCAAUCCAGGGCAAAUCUUCCCUUCCCACAAAUUCCACUUCCCUACGAAGAAGCUUCCCCACCGGUUCCUCAAUGUUCAGCUCCUAACUUCAAACCUCGCACUAAUUUGAGUGGCCAGCUUGCACGAUUGACCGCCAAGAACGGCCAGUCAAACGUGCCCGUGGUACAGCUUUACAAGCCGAUUCAGACUCCGGCUCAGACACCUCAGAUCCAAAACUACACCGAAAACACUUAUUACCACACUCAGAGUUACCGCGAAACUCAUUGCGAGUCCGGCAAUCAUUGCCAGAACACUGAGAACCGCUGCCAAGACCAGAUCCAUUGUGAUCCCCCUAGUAAAACCCAGAGUUUAGUAGACCCACCAAAUUUGUCGUCCCACCCGGAUCUAGGUUCUGGAAUCGGUGGCCUCGGCAGCGCGGGUCCCAAGAGCGGAUCGUUCGCCGGUAGCAGCGCGCCGAAACGUGGACGGGGUAUCCUGAAUCAGGCUGUCGGAGCGGGCUCGCGUAUACCCAUGUGCGCUCACUGCAACUCCUACGUCAGAGGGCCUUUCAUCACCGCUUUGGGACAAAUCUGGUGCCCCGAUCAUUUUGUCUGCGUUAACGCCCAAUGCCGCCGUCCUCUUCAAGACAUCGGCUUCGUCGAGGAAAAAGGACAACUCUAUUGCGAGUACUGUUUCGAGAGAUUCAUUGCGCCUACGUGCAACAAGUGCAACAGCAAGAUCAAGGGCGAUUGCUUGAACGCAAUUGGAAAGCAUUUCCAUCCUGAAUGCUUCAACUGCGCUUACUGUGGCAAGCUCUUCGGCAACAGUCCGUUCUUCCUAGAGGAAGGAUUGCCAUACUGCGAAGCUGAUUGGAACGAACUGUUUACCACGAAAUGCUUCGCGUGUGGUUUCCCAGUCGAGGCUGGCGACCGUUGGGUGGAAGCCCUGAACAAUAACUAUCAUAGCCAGUGUUUCAACUGCACGAUGUGCAAGAAGAAUCUCGAGGGCCAAAGCUUCUAUGCGAAAGGCGGUCGUCCGUUUUGCAAAAAUCACGCGCGUUAAAAUCACCCGUUCUCGACCAUCGAAAACGAUCGAUGGGACGACAGGAGAGGAAAAAAUAGGAAGAUCAAAGAAAUGGAGAAAAAGUUCAGCGAAGAGAGAAGCGUACAGUGUUAAUGCAUCAAUUACUUUAUCGUGAUUACUUUUUUUUCUGUGUCUUCGACCGAGAUCACUUGACUAACCCUUCAUUAAAUCCGCGAGCGAUCCUUCGUACAUCAACAAAAAUAUAAGAUCAAUUAGGGUGAUUAUGACAAAGAAACAUCUUUAUCGUUGAAUUUGAAAAUGAAUCACAAUAUCGACAAAAAA